GCGGCUCGCGUAAUCGGCGGCUUGCGCCAGUAAUAAUCGCCCUAUAUUACAUGCAAAUCGACUAUGAACCUUUCGCCGUGUGACUCGGCCAGUCGCGCUCGUGUCGUAACUAAUGCGCUUCCUCGAAAAUGCUCAAUGUCAUUCGUGCGCACACCAGGAAAUACCUGCCAACCGCCAACGUCAGACGAACCUCCGCUAACGGAGCACGCGCGUUCGAUGCGCAGCACGCCGCGCCGUCGUGCACAAUCUGCAGGAAAACAUCUAUUCCCCUGAGAUUCCUGCACACCACCAGGAUGGCUGUACCACAAUUACUGCAGGGCAGAGGAGACAGAUACAAUGGCAUUCUAGUGGAUUCAACGAGAGAGACUAUACCAGAAGGAGAAAGCUUUCAGGAUUUAUUACUAAAUUCCAUUUUGGAAUGGGCCAAGGCAAAUAAAAGAGGGAUAUGGUUCAAAGUUCACAUUAAAGAUGCUGCUUGGAUACCUAUUUUAGUACAAAAUGGAUUCACAUACCACCAUGCAAAGCAGGACUACGUCAUGUUGCUGAAUUGGCUACCGAAAGAUGAGUCCUGUAAUGUGCCACCGUUUGCUCACACAAUGGUUGGAGUUGGUGCUGUUGUGAUAAAUGACAACCAAGAAGUUCUAGUUGUUAGUGAGAAAUACUACGACCGAGCGCAUUGGAAACUGCCGGGUGGAUAUGUCGAACCCGGUGAGAAUUUUGUCGACGCGGCAAUAAGAGAAGUCUACGAAGAGACAAACAUUCACACGGAGUUUCGAAGCGUGCUCGCGUUUCGACACGGACAUGGCGGUCAGUUUCAAUGCUCUGAUUUAUACACGGUAGUCAGCCUGAAACCGCUUUCAACGGCCGUUAAAAAGUGCGAACGCGAAAUUCAGGACUGCAAGUGGAUGACACUGGACGAGUAUUUGACGCAUCCGGAUAUACACGAAUUGAACCGGUUGUUCGUGCACAAAUAUUUAGAGAAUGCAAGGUGCAAUAUGAAGAUUGAAUGCUCACACGGAAUUCACCAAGUGUUUAAGAAACCUUAUACUGUUUACCAUGCUAUAGGGAGCUCAGAUGAUAAAGAACAAACUUCGAAAGACGUGUCAAAUAGUGCUAAAAGUGCUUAUAACUUAUGAGAUAACGAUGUUUAUAUGCCUGUUAUAUUGAAAAUAAAUUCGCAUUUAUGUUACGUUAAAA